GAGAGAGAGAGAGCGCAGAGGCAGCUGGAGGGAGGCAAGAUGCAUUGAGAAGUAGCCAGAGAGACAGAGGCACUGGGAAAAGACUCCUUGUUCAGCUCAACUUGCAGACUUCCUCAGUUUCUCUAGCCCUGGCACAGGAGCAAAGGCGAACCAGGGCUUCUCUGUUGCCCAGUCCUGGCUGCUGGGUGGCAAAGACCUGAAGGAGGCCCCUGGGGAAUUCACCUCUGAACUAAGAACUAAGAAGUCUGGCAGGAGAGCAUUCAACUGCUGAGAUGACCCCACUGAAAAGGUGUUAUUCCAGUGACCUGGCUUACACCUUCCUUGAAAGAUCGCAGUUCUCAAGUUCAUACUGGAACAAUGCUUUAACGGCCCUUUUUCGCAGAUGGGGAGAUGCCAGACAGCUGGAACGCAUCAGCAGACAGCCUAGAAGUGCAAACUGCAGGCAUUAUUGUGCCGGUGGUCUUCUCCCUCAUCUUCUUCCUGGGCACUCUAGGAAAUGGCCUGGUGUUGGUCGUGUUGCUGCGUAAUGGGCAAGUGAAAUACAACACCACCAACCUGUUCAUCCUCAACCUGGCCGUGGCAGACCUGUGCUUCAUCAUCUUCUGUGUUCCCUUCCAGGCCACCAUCUACACCCUGGAUGGGUGGCUCUUUGGUGCCUUUGCUUGCAAGGCAGUGCACUUUCUCAUCUACCUCACCAUGUAUGCCAGCAGUUUCACCCUGGCGGCUGUCUCUGUGGACAGGUAUUUGGCUAUUCGAUAUCCACUGAAAUCCAGGGAUCUCCGUACCUCCCGCAAUGCAGCUCUUGCCAUGGUACUAAUUUGGACACUGUCACUGCUUUUUGCAGGGCCCUAUCUCAGCUACUACCAAAUAGUCCACUAUCAGGAGAUGCCAAUUUGCAUCCCUAUUUGGGAGGACCAACGCCGCAAGAUCUUGGACAUCCUCACCUUUGUAUUUGGCUACGUCCUCCCUGUGUUUGUUGUCAGCCUGGCUUAUGCUAGGACCAUUAAGUUCUUGUGGACUUCAGUAGACCCCAUUGAGAGAAUCUCAGAGUCCCGUAAGGCCAAGCGCAGGGUCACCAAGAUGAUUGUUGCCGUGGCUGUUCUCUUCUGCUUGUGCUGGCUGCCUCACCACUUAGUGAUCUUAUGCUUUUGGUUUGGCUACUUUCCUUUCAACCGAGCCACUUAUGUUUGUCGCUUGGCUUCCCAUUGCCUGUCCUAUGCCAACUCUUGCCUCAACCCAAUUGUCUACGCACUUAUCUCUAAGCAUUUUCGUAAGAGAUUCAAGCAGGUCUUCACAUGUCUUCUCAUUCAGGACAAGAACAGAAAGAAGCAAGCUGGCAACAAGAUCCAUGUGGCCAAUGUUGCCAAUGGUCUAGUCAACCAUAUUGGGGGGUUCUAUGGAGGGAACACUGAGGUAACCCAGCUCCAUGAGGAAAAUAUGAGGUGUUACCAGGGCCUGAUGAUGAAAGAAGCAGAAGGGGUUCCUCCUGAGGCAUGGCCUCUUAAGUUAGAAGACACAGCCCUUUCUGAUCAGCAGGGGUUGGCAGGUGAAGAAGAUUAUAGAAAAGCUAAUAGCACCCCACUGGCUGACACAACACACAGAACUCCUCAUCAUCAUAAAGGAGGGGUCUAACCUAACUAAGGCAGAUAUUAUAAAUGGAUGAGCCUUUUCUCUCAGCACAAUAGUCAUGGAUCUCAACUGUCAUAUCAGACAUCCUGUUGGUGGAGAACAGAACUCCAGUGAGCUUUUAUCAGCACAGUCUACCCAUAACUUCUCAGAAAAAUGUCAACAUUGUCAAAGGCUGAAUUUUAGUCAUACCAGUUACAUCCCUGUUCUUGCAGAAAGGACUACAGAAAGACAUACAUUGAAUUCCCAAAUGUCUGGUGCAUGCUGCUAUAGAAAUCAUGGGUUGUCUGAAAACGAGACCUAAGGAAGAAAGAACUAAAUUCUCAAUAUGCUGAGCAAUCCUUAUUAUGGGUACACUUUCUCUUCGCUGUAAUAUUUCUUCCCCGCUUGGUCAUGGAAUCAGGCUGGGCGAUUUUGGGCCAGUAAUUCCUUCUCAGUCUAACUACCUGACAGGCCUGUUCUGAAGAUAAAGAGGAGAAAAGAACAAUUUAAGCCACUUUGGGUUCACACUGAGGAGAAAGGUGAGGUAUACAUUUAGUAAAUAAACAAGUAAAAAUAAAAAUGUAAUGGACAUAUUGUGCAUAUUGUGAAUUCUAUGCAGAAAGAUAAGUGCCAUGGCUCUGAACAGAGAGACAGUAACUGGAUCAACAGAACAAGACAGAAAGGAGAGAGGAAUCAAGGAUUUGUUUGGAAAUUUUUACAAGAAAAAUGAACAGAAGUUAGGAACACAUGGUGAAAAGUCACAGCCGACUGAUGGUGACUGUAGGUUUUUUUAAGAAAAUUGACAAACAGAGGUGGUUUUCCAUUGCUUCAGCAUAGCAACUGUGGCUUUCCUUGGUGGUCUUCUGUCCAAGUACUAAUGAUACCAACUCUGCCUAGCUUCUGAGAUUUGGCUACCUUGGACCAUCCAAAGCUGGGGUUAGGAACUUAUGAACUGCUUUCUCCUAAAGUCAGACUGUUGGUGUCAUCUAUUGGCUACUCUGACUGCCAGUGGUUUUCCAGACAAAAUAGGUUUUCCUGCUUCCUGAGACCUCUUUAAGUAGAGACAUGAAGAUUUAUUUGCUGUGCUUACAAUCUGGAUCUUUCUUUCUGAAAGUAGACCUACAGGCCUUCUGUGUACAAAGCACAUGUGUGGUAAAGCAGUUAGUCUUGGAUCCAGUUCUGAGCAAUUCAGGAAAAAAAACUCUGUUGAGAUAUUUAUACUUCAGUUUUCUCCUCCCUGGGAACUCCAAACAACAGCAUUCUCUCUUCCAUUUUAUCCUCACAACAAUCCAGUGAGGGAGAGAUAAACUGAGAGAAAACACCUGGUUCACUCAGUGAGCUUCCUUUGCAGAGUAGAGGUUUAAACUUGGGCUUUCCAGAUCCUAGUUCUAUGCUGGCUUUGCUAAAGAAAUCAAGAACGGCCUUUUUCUGAUAGGAAUAAAUAGAUGGAGGGCAGUUAGAAGCAUGGAGACAGAAGAAAACCAUGUUUGUGUGUGUUUGUAAUUAUUGUAGCUGAACUUGCCUGCAGAAGAGUGCAAAAAAUUGGUCAGAAGAAAAAAAAAAGUCAGUUCCUUUUAAUAAAGGCUUAAAUGUGUGGCAGCUGAAGCUUUUCUUAGUGUGAAGGUAAAUAACAUCCCAUUGAGACCCUAUGAAAGCACAAAACAUUUUACUUCAGGUUAGUUGGCAAGCGUAGCAACAUAUUUUUUCUUGCCUUUGCACAGAGGUGUACUCAGAAUAAGGUUUACCCCAGUAUCCUCUGCCUCUGCUCUGUCUUUUUUAACCACUUCAAGAAAGACAGCUGUGAAUCACCACAGGCUGCAGUUGCCGCUCAGGGUGGGUAGGUGAAGCUAAGCCGGCCAUUUCUGCCCAGGUAAGGGUGGAAGCAGAGCCCUGGCCAUGUUAAACCAGGGCAGACAUCACUGGAAGUGGGAGGGCUGGCUCAAGCCUUUAAAAGACCAAGCCCUCCGCCUCACGCUUCUGCUUGAUUAAUAAAAUGGCUACGGUCAAUUGAUUUGCCCCAGCAAAA